AUGUAUUCGUUCUUUGCAGAAAAACACAAAAUAAAGAAGGUGAAUCUGACCAGUGGAUUCCACGAGUGUCUCAGAACUGCAUGAAUGAUCGAGGUGGUCCUAAAGGUCAGCUCCAGAGCAGCUGGACGUCCAUGAUCUACGCCCGUCUGGAGUGUGGGAAAAGAGACUUCACUCAACUCAUUGAUGUAGCCACAAUACAAACAGCAAACAAUACCAAAAUAUACGCACUUUUCAGAAACUACUGGAACAUGAGUGCUGUGUGUGUUUAUAACAUGACUGAGAUAUCCACCAUCUUCAAUUCCUCCGAAUUCAACUCCAUUACUGUUCCUGUCAGUCACAGACCUGGAACGUGUGUACCGGACAGCACUCAGCUAAGCGGUGAAGUGUUGGCGAUAAUGAAGGAGCGUCCAGAAAUGAAGCAGAUGGUGACGCCAGAAAACGGCCCGCUCAUAUUCAGACACCACCAUUACUCUCACAUACAGGCAGACAGAGUUCAUGACAGCACCGUCCUGCUUCUGUCUCUAGAAAGUGGAGGAGUUCAUAAAGUCCUGGAAACGUCUGUUCAGGAGCCUGUUUUUGUCAUUGCCGAGUAUCUGCCAUUUCCACAUGGAUCAAGCAUUGCUAGCAUGAUUCUGCACACCUCUGAGAAUCUUCUGUAUGCGAGUUCUGGUAAUGAGGUGAUUCAGAUUCAUCUGGCCACAUGUGGCGUGUACGGAAAUGAGUGUGUCGAAUGUCUUUUAUCAAGAGACCCCUACUGCAAAUGGAACGGUGUGCAGUGCACCAUUGCAGAAAAAACUGCCCAGAACACUUACAAUUGUGAUAAGCCGCCUUACGCCGCACCAUCAAUUGCAAAUAAGCCAUCAGAUGCAAAUAUGCCAGUAAUUUCAGUCCCUCCAUCCUCAAACUACUUUCUACUCUGCCCCGUCAUUUCCCAUCAUGCAACAUACCACUGGUACCACAAUAAUAUACACGAGGAGUGCGCUUCCACUGAUGAGAGCUGUAUAUAUCUGAUUGAAAGCAUGAAUAAGACUCAUGAAGGGUCGUACAGAUGUGAGUAUUCAGAAAACGGCACUACAAAGACUGUCAGUUAUUAUGAGCUGAGCAUGAGCCCCUCAAAAGCAUUCAUACCGAUACUGAUACCACACGCUUUACUUCUGCUCACAGCCUUUCAUAUCCUUUUAUAGACCAUCGAGAGUAUUAUUUUAAUCUGAACACUGUAAAAAUGAUUUUCUUACUUCGAUUUUUGACUUGUUUUCGGUCCAAAUAUCUAAAAACUCUUGAAAUGAAGCAUUUUCUAGACAAGCGAAAAAUAUUGUCUUGUUUUCAGAAAUGAGUCAAACUUAAGUGAGUUUUUUUUGUUAAAACAAGCAAAAUAAACUGACAAUUUGGUAAGUGAAUAGUCUUAUGUCAAUAAGAAAAACCCCGUUGUCAGAUUACUUUGCUUGUUUUAAAGAAAACUUCACUUAAUUUUGACUCUAUAUUUCUUAAUACAUGACUAUAUUUUAUGCUUGUCCAGAAAGUGCAUCUUGAUUUAAGAGUUUUUAGAUGUUUGAAUUAGAAAAAAGACAAAAACUCUUAAGAAUGGCAUUUUUUGCAGUGAAGUAAUGUAUUAUGUGCAUAUUUUAUUAUUGUUUCCAUAAGUUAAAUGGAUAGUUCACCUGAAAAUGUUAAAAAAAUUCAGUGGGGGUUCUGUUGAACACAUAAGAAGAUGUUUUGAAGAAUGUUGGAAUCCGGGAACCAUUGACUACCAUUAGGAAGUCAUAUUAUAGUAUUGUCAUGAUACUGGAAUUUGGUACUAAUCAAUACUGAAAUUUUAAAGACGCCCAUUUCCCUCGUACAUUUCAGCGCUGUUGAGUGCGUUCUUAAACGGCGCUGAUUGGCCAUUGUGUUUAUGUGCUCAACAGAAAUGACUGUGACUGGCUGUGAAGGUCAUCAGUACACCAAACUCACCUCUGUUUACUGUGUAAACACAGAUACAGGGACACUGGAGCGUUUUAAAGCAGCGAUUCAUCAGCGGAUCCCUCGUAUGUCAGAUUAUAGACAAUCUAGCUGAUCUACGUGACUUUAAAACGCUCCAGUGUCCCUGUAUCUGUAGUUAUCUAGUAAGUUCGGUGAACUGAUGACCUUUACGUCCAAUUACAGUCAUUUCUGUUGAGCACAUGAACACAAAGGCAAAUCAGCGCUGUUUAAGAACACGCUCCUAUGUUAGCCGGAAAGGGACGCUUUUAAAAUUUCAGUACCGACUGGUAUUGAAUUUGGAAUAUAUUAGAAAUCACUCUAUGCCAUAGAAGUCAAUAGCAAACAGUGUACAACAUUUUUCAAAACAACUUCUUUUUGUUCAACAGAAGGAAUUGAUUAAGAGUAAAUUAUGGCAGAAUGGUCAUUUUUGGAUGAACCGUCCCUUUAAAACCCUCAAGCUAUUUCUGGGAAAGAUAAUUUUAUUUAUUUUUAUGUAUUUUAAAUAGUUCCUUUAAUAAGAGCAGUUCAAGACUUGACUACUUAUAAGUUUGCCUCUCGAGCAAACACACAAAAAGAGGACUCGAUUCAACAAAUAUAAAUUAGUGCCGGGCAAAGCUAUUAUUAUAAUUUAAAUCAUCACACACACGUAUAUAAAUAUAUACACAUAGUACAGAAUCCUAUGUCAUCAAAACAUACUUACUUUGGGUGCAAUUAAUCGUGAUUAUUUUUUGCUAAGCACUAAUAAUAAAAACAACAACAAUAAAAAUAAUAAAUAAUUAGUCCGGGGCAACAUGGUGGCGCAGUGGGUAGCACAAUCGCCUCACAGCAAGAAGGUCACUGGUUCGAGCCUCAGCUGGGUCAGUUGGCAUUUCUGUGUGGAGUUUGCAUGUUCUCCCCGUGUUGGUGUGGGUUUCCUCCAUGUGCUCCAGUUUCCUCCACAGUCCAAACACAUGCGCUAUAGGGGAAUUGGAUUUGCUAAAAUAGUCCAUAGUGUAGGUGUGUGUGGAUGGAGUGUAUGGGUGUUUUCCAGUGAUAGGUUGCGGCUGGAAGGGCAUCCGCUGCGUAAAACAUAUGCUGAAUAAGUUGGCGGUUCAUUCCGCUGUGUCGAUUAAUAAAGGGACUAAUCUGAAAAAGAAAACGAAUGAAUGAAGAGUCCCAUAUGAAAUGAAUGGGAAAUGCUAAAGUUAAAAGCAUUAUUUACACACUCAGAAAUAAAGAUCACUGAGGUCACCUUUUUUACCCUUUAGGUGGACAUUGGUACCUUUAGGGAACACUUUUGUACCUUUUAUACACAUUUGUACUUUGUGCAUUAAUAUGUAAGGUAAUAUAUGGCUUUAAUGACCUGUUAGGAACAAAACUGUACCGCCCCAGUUGCAGAUUUUACACCUUUAUUUCAGUGUAUAUAUCGUCACCUCGGAAUUAUAAGGCUCUAUCUGCGUUCUGAAGGAUUUUGAGAUAUUGAGCUUUAAAGUUUUUGCAUUCCAUAGCAAACAGUAUGUGUGCAACAUACUUUUUUUUUAAAAUAAAAUGUCUUAAAAUGUAAAAAAAAAAAACAUCCCAUAAUGUAAUAAGUUGUCAAUUAAUAAGAAUAUGCCAAUAACUCAAUUUUGACAAAAAUGUCAAAUAGACCCUUAUGCUUCAUGGUGACGAUGUGUAUUUUUAGAGUUUACUGUGUGUGUUUAUAUACAGGUACAUAUACAUUUAAAAAAAAAAGAUGAGAUUUUAUUUUUCCUAAACAAUUAUAUGACAUUUGCUUAAAAAAAUGGUUUGACUCUCGAGACCAAACAUGUUCACAGGGUCAGGACAUUUACUGAUGUUUUCAAGGGCAUAGCAAUUAUAUUUUUGUAAAGCUUGUAAAGAGAUUUUUCUAUUUAUAAUAAUGCGCCUCAAUGACGCAUUAUGGGACCAGAUAUUUUUAAAGGCAUGGUAAUUAAAACUAAAAUUGCUACCUUAAAAAAAAGACAUCUUUAUUUAAUUAUAAUUAUAACGACAUAAUUAAGACUGAUUAUUUAUCAUUUAGAAUAUUUAAUACAUCGUUUAAAAGUGUUUCAAAAAUUAUAUAUUUCAUUGCAAAAUCCACAGCAUUGUUCAUGUUUAAAUGUGAUUAUAGUGAAAUACAGUGGAUUACGUUUCACAACCAGUGUUACAGUACUUCAUUUACAGUAUUAGAAGAGAUUAUACGUGUGCAGUGUGUGUUUAUCUUUCUUUAUUGUAAUGCAUUACAGCAGAUAUUAUUUAUUAUAACCCCAGGUACAGUAUUAUUAUUAAACUAUUUCAUGCACGAAUCAUAGAAAACAUUAUCUAAAUUGUUUUAAUUAUUUAUAUUUAGCACUUUAAUAUGAUGCUGAAAUCAAAAUCCAUUUUAUAUUUGUGCAAAAUUUGGUUUUAUUUAAAAAUGAUUGAACCUAUUCAGACAAUCCUCUUCACAUUAAAGAUUAUUAAUUUAGGUAGAAAUCCCUGGAUUAUAUCUUUUGCCAGAUUAAGACAAUUAUGUUUAACUAGAUAUAUGUUUGUGUUUAUGAUUCUGCUCUAAAAUGAUGCGUUUUGUCUGUAUAAAUGUCCUGUAUUGUUAUGUCUAUACACAGAUGUUUGUCUGCUUAAACGGGACUGUGUGCGACUCAUGGUUGCAACUCCACAAUAAAUACAUCAAAUAAUCAUUGGUAAUAUUCUUACUAUAGUAUUUCUCACAAAGGUUAUGUGAGAUCUGCUUCCUUCAUGUCUGUCACUGUGCUGUUUAUCUGAUGCAGCCGAGGUGGAGAUUGAGGCACACACUGACAGCCGUGUGGGAACGGUGGAUGGGGAGAGCCAGCAUUAAAGGCACAGGCCACAAAACGACUACAGUGUGUUCAGAGCAGACAAUCCUAAUGUUCUAAGGGGUAUAAUAAAUAAUCGGAUUGGUGUUUUGAGCUGAAGCUUGACACACACAUUCUGGACACACAAAAGGCUCAUCUUACAUCUUGAAAAAGGGGUAAAAUAGGUGGGUUAAAACUCAGCUGUUCAAAAUAACUUACUGUUUAUAACUGCAUACUACAUUCUGUAUUAUAUCUGAGUAUAUCAGCUUCUCUAUUUUUAUACUAUGGGCUUAUCUUUAAAUUAUUGAAUUGUGUGUAUAUACAGUUGAGGUCAGAAUUAUUAGCCCCCCUUUGAUUUAUUUUUCUUUUUUAAAUAUUUCCUAAAUGAUGUUUAACAGAGCAAGGAAAUUCUCACAGUAUGUCUGAUAAUAUUUUUUCUUCUGGAGAAAGUCUUAUUUGUUUUAUUUCAGCUAGAAUAAAAGCAGUUUUUAAUUUUUUAAAAGCCAUUUUAAGGUCAAUAUUAUUAGCACCUUUAAGCUAUUUUAUUUUUCAGAUAGUCUACAGAACAAACCAUCAUUAUACAAUAACUUGCCUAAUUACAUUAACCUGCCUAGUUAACCUAAUUACCCUAGUUAAGCCUUUAAAUGUCACUUUAAGCUGUACAGAAGUGUCUUGAAGAAUAUCUAGUCUAAUAUUAUUUACUGUCAUCAUGACAGAGAAAAUAAAUCAGUUAUUAGAGAUGAGUUAUUAAAACUAUUAUGAUUAGAAAUGUGUUGAAGAAAUCUGCUCUCUGUUAAACUGAAAUUGGGGAAAAAAUAAACAGGGGGGCUAAUAAUCCUGACUUCAACUGUAUAUAUGUUGUACAGUGACUUUGGGUUUCUUAAAAGGCGCUUUAUUAACAUGUAUUAUUAUUAUUAUUAGUACUAUGAAUGUCAGUAGCUAUGUUUCCCUCUAUUUUUAUAUGCACUUUGGAUUAUUGCAUAAAAAUAGUUAAUGGAAACAACAUGUGCAGAAAAAAAAUAUGGCUUAAAAAAAAAAACUUAAGCACACAACUGAGUAGGAUACAUUUUUAUUGAGUAUUAUGGGAAACAAAAUUGGGGUCUAUUUUUAGUGAUGAGGAGUGGCUCAAAUAUCUGCCUGCUCAAAUAUCUAUCCAAACGUACUUCAAUUUCGGUUCAUGAACAAAAAAAUUAUAAAUGUGUUCACAGGAUUGAUCUAACCUCAGUUUGUCUCCAUGGAAUAUUUCCCAAUUGUUCCCAUGCUAUGUUUCAAUUGGAAGUUAGGCAUUGGCACAGUGAUGCAUGUAUAUUGGGAUUGCGACAAAAUUAAAAUGUACUAGAAAGAGAUUCACAAAAUGGAGACUUUUGCGCUGUCCCCAAAGGUAAACCUUCUGAAUUGUAUUAAUUGUAUUGAAUUUUUGUAUAUAUUUGGCCAAAAAAAUGUAUAUUAUUAUUAUGUUCAACUGCUCAGAUACCAUGUGCCUGAGUCAGGCAACCAGACUUCACUGGAAAAAUUCUGAUGUGUUCUGGCGCAUUUGGUUCUCCCUCUGUAUUUUUCUUGAUGGUACUCAGGGACUGUCUUUCUAAAUUAGUUUUAUAAUCUCCUUUUAUUUGUGUCUUUGCUUUGAAGCAUUUGUAAGAAUGUCUAACAAAAACUGCUGUACUUGUUGUUAUGAGAUACCAGUACCACUGCUGUUCUGUUGAAAAUUAAAUUAUUAAAAAUAAAUAAAUAAAUCUAUUGAGUAGGAUUUGAUGCACAAACUCUGCUGUAAACCCAUUUAGUGAAUAAACUCUGCUGUAACGCUGCUUUAUUCACAAAUUAGUACCAGUUUUCACAUAUAAUUCACAAUAUAACUCACAUUUGGAUGGAAACAUUUUUCAACAUUCUUCAAAAUAUCUUCUUUCGUGUUCAACAAAAGAAACUGUCACACUUUAUUUUGACUGUCCGUUUGAUGAAUUUAACUUACUUUACAUCUACAUGCCAACUUAUUCUCAUUCGAUUAGAAGUAGACUGUUAGGUUGGGGUUUUAGGUUAGUGUAAGUUGACAUGUACUUAAUAAAGUUACUCAAAUGGACCAUCAAAAUAAAGUGUUACCAAGGAAAUAAACUCAACCAGGUUUAAAACAAGUAGAGAAAGAGUAAACGAUGACAGAAUGUGUUUAUUUUUGGGUGAACUACCCCUUUCCCCAAUAUGUAUCUACAAAUUGUGUUUAUUUUUAUACUUCCUGAUGUACAUUUUUCUAUUUAUUGUAAAGUGAACUGAUUCUACAGCUGUAAAAUGAUGCAACAAAACUGGAAAUAAAGCACCAUUAAAAUAAAGCAGUAAAGGUUAUGGUAAGAAAUGAGGAAGUUUAUUUUUAACAGGAUCUGACUUCCCACCACGACGGAAAUAAAGCAUAACCCAAAACAAAUGUCAUUGCAGGGGCUGAUGGUGAUC